CCCCCGCCCCGGCCCCCAUCAAUCAUCAAUCAGCAGCACCGAGCGGAUCAAUCAAUGGUCGGGAGGAGGCGGCGGCGGCGGCUGCUGCUGUUAAUGAACAAUGUGUGAGAGCUGCGCCGAGCUGCUGGAGGUGUUAAAUGAGAUAUCAGACAUUGAAGGUGGUGAUGCUUUGCAGCUCAGAAAGGAACAUGCCCUCAAGAUAUUCGCUUACAUCAAUUCCUGGACGCAAAGACAAUGUUUGUGCUGUUUCAAGGAGUAUAAACAUCUGGAGAUCUUUAACCAAGUAGUUUGUGCGCUUAUUAACUUAGUGAUUGCCCAAGUCCAAGCUCUGCGGGACCAGCUCUGUAAACAUUGCACUAUUAAUAUAGAUUCAACAUGGCCAGAGCAGAGUAAUCAUGCUGAUGAGCCCCUGAAUGUAGAAAGAGAGUCUCACGAAGAAGAAAAUGGAGAGCGACAAAAAUCUCUAGAGAAAAAGUUUGAUUCCGCAAGAACUUGUAUCCUGAGCGAGGAGGAGCCCACAAAGAGCACGGAUGCUUUUGGCUUAUGGAGCACUGAUGAGAAGGAGAAGCUGCUGCUGUGUGUGGCAAAAAUCUUUCAGAUUCAGUUUCCUCUGUACACAGCUUAUAAGCAUAAUACUCAUCCCACAAUAGAGGAUAUUUCUGCUCAAGAAAGCAAUAUAUUAGGGGCGUUCUGUGAUAUGAAUGAUGUAGAAGUACCAUUGCACUUGCUUCGUUAUGUUUGUCUGUUUUGUGGAAAAAAUGGCCUUUCCCUCAUGAAGGAUUGUUUUGAGUACGGAACCCCCGAGACGCUGCCAUUUCUUAUAGCACAUGCAUUUAUCACAGUGGUGUCUAAUAUCAGAAUAUGGCUACACAUCCCUGCUGUCAUGCAGCACAUUAUACCCUUUAGGACUUACGUUAUCAGGUAUUUAUGUAAACUGUCAGACCAGGAGUUGCGGCAGAGUGCGGCCCGGAACAUGGCAGAUUUAAUGUGGAGCACAGUGAAAGAACCCUUGGAUACAGCCUUGUGUUUUGAUAAAGAAAGUCUUGAUCUUGCAUUCAAAUACUUCAUGUCACCAACUCUAACAAUGAGAUUGGCUGGGCUGAGCCAAAUAACAAAUCAACUUCAUACCUUCAAUGAUGUGUGUAAUAAUGAGUCAUUAGUUUCAGACACAGAAACGUCAAUUGCAAAAGAACUUGCAGACUGGCUUAUCAGCAACAAUGUAGUUGAGCACAUUUUUGGACCAAAUUUACAUAUUGAGAUCAUCAAACAGUGCCAAGUGAUUCUGAAUUUUCUUGCAGCUGAAGGGAGACUUAGUACUCAACAUAUAGACUGUAUUUGGGCUGCAGCACAGCUGAAGCAUUGCAGUCGUUACAUACACGACUUGUUUCCUUCUUUGAUCAAAAACUUGGACCCUGUCCCGCUUAGACACCUUCUUAACCUUGUCUCAACUCUUCAUCCCAGUGCUCACACUGAACAGACCUUGUAUUUGGCAUCCAUGCUGAUAAAAGCCCUGUGGAAUAAUGCACUGGCAGCUAAGGCUCAGCUGUCAAAGCAAAGCUCCUUUGCAUCUUUACUGAGUACCAACCUGCCCAUGGGAAACAAAAAAGAAGAAGAGGAGCUCAGAAGAGCAGCCCCUUCCCCUUGGUCACCAGCAGCAAGCCCUCAAAGUAGUGACAACAGUGACACCCAUCAGAGUGGAGGCAGUGACAUUGAAAUGGAGGAGCAGCUGAUUAACAGAACAAAACAUGUCCAGCAGCGACUUUCGGACACAGAGGAAUCCAUGCAAGGAAGCUCUGAUGAGACAGCCAACAGUGGUGAGGAUGGCAGCAGUGGGCCUGGGAGCAGCAGUGGCCACAGUGAUGGAUCCAGCAACGAGGCCAACUCUAGUCACGCCAGCCAGUCUGCCGGCAGCCCUGGCAGCGAGGUGCAGUCGGAAGACAUCGCAGAUAUUGAGGCUCUCAAAGAGGAGGAGGAUGAAGAGGAAGAAGACAGGAGUCACAACCCCCAGAAAAGCAGUAGGAGCACAGAUCUACGAGGCAGAAAACUGGAAUCACAAGCGGGCAUUUGUCUGGGAGAUGCCCAGGGGGCGCCGGAGAGGAGCGGCGCCAGUAACGGGGCGGGCAAGGACCAUGUUUUUAACACGGACGCGGUGCCGCCGGUGGACAAUCGCAUCCGUAUGCUCGAUGCUUGUUCUCAUGCUGAGGAUGCAGAGCACGACAUGACAGGGGAAAUGAGCACUGCUCACAUUUCACAAGGCUCUCAAGAUUCUUGUAUAACUCACACAGGGGACUUCCUCGGGGAAACUAUUGGGAAUGAAUUAUUUAACUGUCGACAGUUCAUUGGGCCACAGCACCACCACCACCAUCACCACCACCACCAUCACCAUGAUGGGCAUAUGGUCGAUGAUAUGCUUAGUGCAGAUGAUGUCAGCUGCAGUAGUUCUCAAGUCAGUGCAAAAUCAGAGAAAAAUAUGGCAGAUUUUGAUGGGGAAGAGUCUGGCUGCGAAGAAGAGCUUGUACAGAUUAAUUCCCAUGCUGAGCUAACAUCUCAUCUUCAGCAGCACCUCCCUAACCUGGCCUCUAUCUAUCAUGAACAUCUGAGUCAAGGACCAGCAGUUCACAAACAUCAAUAUAACAGCAAUGCAGUGACGGACAUUAAUUUGGAUAAUGUUUGUAAGAAAGGAAAUACCCUGCUGUGGGAUCUGGUCCAGGAUGAAGAUGCAAUUCAUCUUUCUGAAGGGUUAAUAAAUGAGGCAGAGAAGCUGCUCUGUUCUUUAGUGUGCUGGUUCACUGACAGACAGAUUCGAAUGAGAUUUAUCGAAGGCUGCUUAGAAAAUUUAGCAAACAACAGAUCUGUAGUAGUUUCACUUCGUCUUCUUCCCAAGCUGUUUGGAACAUUCCAACAAUUUGGGAGCAGCUACGAUACACAUUGGAUAACAAUGUGGGCAGAAAAGGAACUAAAUAUGAUGAAACUUUUCUUCGAUAAUUUGGUACACUACAUCCAGGCAGUCAGGGAGGGACGACACAAACACGCACUAUACAGCCACAGCGCGGAAGUUCAGGUUCGUCUUCAAUUCUUGACGUGCGUGUUUUCAACUCUGGGAUCUCCAGAUCAUUUCAGGUUGAGUUUAGAACAAGUGGACAUCCUGUGGCACUGCUUAGUAGAAGAUUCUGAAUGUUAUGAUGAUGCACUACACUGGUUCUUGAAUCAAGUACGGAGUAAAGACCAGCAUGCCAUGGGUAUGGAGACUUACAAACAUCUUUUUUUGGAAAAGAUGCCACAACUAAAACCUGAAACUAUCAGUAUGACUGGCCUAAACCUCUUCCAGCAUUUGUGUAAUUUGGCUCGGUUGGCUACGAGUGCUUAUGAUGGUGGCUCCAACUCCGAGUUGUGUGGCAUGGACCAGUUCUGGGGCAUUGCUUUGAGGGCACAGUCUGGUGAUGUCAGUAGAGCAGCCAUCCAGUACAUCAACUCUUACUACAUCAACGGUAAAACUGGUCUGGAAAAAGAGCAGGAAUUUAUUAGCAAGUGUAUGGAGAGUCUGAUGAUAGCUUCGAGUAACCUGGAGCAAGACUCUCAUUCGAGUCUGACCAUUAUUGAAAGAGGGCUCUUAAUGCUGAAAACACACCUGGAGGCUUUCAGGAGAAGGUUUGCGUAUCACCUGAGACAGUGGCAGAUUGAAGGCACUGGCAUCAGCAGUCACUUGAAAGCCCUGAGUGACAAACAGUCGCUACCUCUAAGGAUUGUCUGUCAGCCAGCUGGACUUCCUGACAAGAUGACCAUAGAAAUGUACCCUAGUGAUCAGGUGGCUGAUCUCCGAGCAGAAGUCACACAUUGGUAUGAAAAUUUGCAGAAGGAGCAGAUAAAUCAGCAAGCACAGCUUCAGGAGUUUGGCCAAAGCAGCCGCAAAGGGGAUUUCCCUGGUGGCCUCAUGGGACCUGUGAGAAUGAUUUCAUCUGGGCAUGAACUGACAACUGACUAUGAUGAAAAAACGCUCCACGAGUUGGGGUUUAAGGAUAUGCAGAUGGUGUUUGUGUCCCUGGGUGCCCCCAGGCGAGAACGGAAAGGUGAAGGUGUCCAGCUCCCAGCUUCCUGCCUACCUCCUCCUCAGAAGGACAACAUUCCAAUGCUUUUACUCCUGCAAGAACCUCAUCUUACCACCCUUUUUGAUUUGUUAGAGAUGCUGGCCUCUUUUAAGCCUCCUUCUGGAGAAGUGGCUAUGGAAGACAGUGAGAGUGCAAGGUGUGAAGAGCUCCAUCUCCAUGCAGAAAACUUAUCCAGACGUGUCUGGGAACUGUUAAUGCUCUUACCAACGUGCCCUAAUAUGCUGCAGGCAUUCCAGAAUAUUUCUGAUGAGCAGGGUAAUGAUGGCUUUAGCUGGAAGGACCUUCUGCGAAUAAAAAGUGCCCAUAAACUUUUGUAUGCCCUGGAAAUUAUUGAAGCUUUGGGAAAGCCCAACAGGAGAAUAAGACGUGAAUCCACGGGAAGUUACAGUGAUCUUUACCCAGACUCAGAUGAUUCAAGUGAAGAUCAAAUAGAAAACAGUAAAAACACGUGGAGCUGCAAGUUUGUUGCUGCUGGGGGGCUCCAACAGUUACUGGAAAUUUUCAAUUCUGGAAUCCUAGAGCCUAAAGAACAGGAAUCGUGGACUGUGUGGCAGCUGGACUGUCUUGCUUGCUUGCUGAAGCUGAUCUGCCAGUUUGCAGUGGAUCCCUCAGAUCUGGAUUUGGCUUAUCACGAUGUCUUUGCCUGGUCUGGGGUAGCAGAGAGCCACAGGAAAAGGACGUGGCCGGGCAAAUCCAGGAAGACAACGAGUGACCACGUGAAGGGCCUUCAUAUCCCUCGUCUGACAGAGGUGUUUCUUGUACUUGUCCAGGGAACCAGUUUGAUUCAGCGACUUAUGUCAGUUGCUUAUACAUAUGACAACUUGGCACCUAGGGUGUUGAAGGCUCAGUCUGAUCACAGGUCAAGGCAUGAAGUCACUCACUAUUCCAUGUGGCUCUUGGUGAGCUGGGCUCACUGCUGCUCCUUGGUGAAAUCCAGUCUGGCUGACAGUGACCAUUUGCAAGACUGGCUCAAGAAACUCACCCUUCUUAUUCCAGAGACUGCUGUUCGCCAUGAGUCUUGCAAUGGUUUGUACAAAUUAUCUCUCUCUGGCCUGGAUGGGGGAGACUCAAUCAAUCGCUCCUUUCUGCUCCUGGCUGCAUCAACCUUGCUAAAAUUUCUCCCUGACGCUCAAGCUCUGAAGCCAAUUAGGAACAAAAGCAAUUUCUUUCUACAGAUAGAGGAUUAUGAAGAGGAAACUGUGCUGCGCCCUGGUUGUAAGGAAUAUUUUUGGCUGCUGUGCAAACUGAUUGAUAACAUCCAUGUCAAAGAUGCAAGUCAGACAACCCUGCUUGAUUUAGAUGCACUGGCGAGACACCUUGCUGACUGCAUUCGGAGCAGAGAAAUCCUUGACCAUCAGGAUGGUAACAUAGAAGAUGAUGGGCUCACAGGACUGCUUCGCCUCGCAACCAGUGUUAUUAAGCACAAACCACCCUUCAAAUUUUCUCGGGAAGGCCAGGAGUUUCUGAGGGACAUCUUCAAUCUCCUGUUCUUGCUGCCCAGUCUGAAGGACAGACAACAGCCAAAGUGCAAGUCCCACUCCUCCAGGGCUGCCGCUUACGAUUUGCUGGUGGAAAUGGUGAAAGGCUCUGUGGAAAACUACAGGCUGCUCCACAACUGGGUCAUGGCACAGCACAUGCAGUCUUCCCAUGCACCUUACAAGUGGGAUUAUUGGCCACACGAUGAUGUUCGUGCUGAGUGUAGGUUUGUGGGUUUAACCAACCUUGGAGCCACGUGUUACUUGGCCUCCACUAUUCAGCAGCUGUACAUGAUCCCAGAGGCUAGACAAGCUAUUUUCACUGCAAAGUACUCAGAAGAUAUGAAACACAAGACCACUUUACUGGAACUCCAGAAGAUGUUUACAUACCUAAUGGAAAGUGAAUGCAAGGCCUACAACCCAAGGCCUUUCUGUAAAACCUACACCAUGGAUAAGCAGCCCUUGAACACUGGAGAGCAGAAAGAUAUGACUGAGUUCUUCACUGACCUAAUAACAAAAAUAGAGGAAAUGUCUCCAGAACUGAAAAACACAGUGAAAAGCUUGUUUGGAGGUGUUAUCACAAACAACGUCGUUUCUUUGGACUGUGAACAUGUGAGUCAGACAGCUGAGGAGUUCUACACAGUGAGGUGCCAGGUGGCAGAUAUGAAGAAUAUUUAUGAAUCUCUCGAUGAAGUAACUAUUAAAGAUACCUUGGAAGGUGACAACAUGUACACGUGUUCUCAUUGUGGGAAGAAAGUGCGGGCUGAGAAAAGGGCAUGUUUUAAGAAACUACCUCGUAUCUUAAGCUUCAACACCAUGAGAUACACAUUUAAUAUGGUGACCAUGAUGAAGGAGAAAGUCAAUACCCAUUUUUCAUUCCCUUUACGUUUGGAUAUGACACCCUACACUGAAGAUUUCCUCAUGGGAAAAAACGACAGGAAAGAAGGUUUUAAGGAAGAUGGUGGAUAUUUGAAAGAAACAGAGAGUUAUGAGUAUGACCUGAUCGGCGUGACAGUUCACACAGGAACAGCAGAUGGGGGGCAUUACUACAGUUUUAUCAGGGACAUUGUCAAUCCUCAUGCUUACAAAAACAACAAGUGGUACCUUUUCAAUGAUGCUGAAGUAAAACCCUUCGAUUCUGCCCAGCUCGCUUCCGAAUGUUUUGGUGGAGAAAUGACUACAAAAACUUAUGAUUCUGUUACUGAUAAGUUUAUGGACUUCUCCUUUGAAAAGACACACAGUGCUUACAUGCUGUUUUAUAAACGGAUGGAGCCUGAGGAGGAAAAUGGCAAAGACUACAAAUUUGAUGUUUCAUCAGAAUUGCUGGAGUGGAUAUGGCAUGAUAACAUGCAGUUCCUUCAAGACAAGAACAUUUUUGAACAUACAUAUUUUGGGUUUAUGUGGCAGUUGUGUAGUAGCAUCCCAAGCACACUACCAGAUCCAAAAGCGGUUUCUCUGAUGACAGCAAAGUUAAGCACUUCCUUUGUACUAGAGACAUUUAUUCAUUCAAAGGAAAAGCCUACAAUGCUUCAGUGGAUUGAACUGUUAACAAAACAGUUUAAUAACAGUCAGGCAGCUUGUGAAGUAAGUGACUUAGGAACUCAGCAAAGUACAAACCAACUUUCUAUAUAUUGUUUAACUUUCCUGGAGUGGUUUUUGGAUCGUAUGGCUGAUGAUGAUUGGUGGCCAAUGCAGAUUCUAAUAAAGUGUCCCAAUCAGAUUGUGAGGCAGAUGUUCCAGCGCUUGUGUAUCCAUGUGAUCCAGAGGCUGAGGCCAGUGCAUGCACACCUUUAUCUGCAGCCAGGAAUGGAAGACUGUUCGGAUGACAUGGACGGGCCCGUGGAGGACAUCGGGAGCCGCUCGUGCGUCACGCGCUUCGUGAAGACGCUGCUGUCCAUCAUGGAGCACGGCGUCAAACCCCACAGCAAGCACCUCACCGAGUACUUUGCCUUUCUUUACGAAUUUGCCAAAAUGGGAGAAGAGGAAAGCCAGUUCCUGCUCUCUCUGCAAGCCAUAUCCACAAUGGUCCAUUUCUACAUGGGAACCAAAGGGCCUGAGAAUCCCCAGGUUGAAGUGCUUUCUGAGGAAGAAGGGGAGGAAGAGGAGGAAGAGGAAGAUAUACUUUCUUUAGCAGAAGAGAAAUACAGGCCUGCUGCACUGGAAAAGAUGAUUGCCCUGAUUGCUCUUCUGGUGGAACAGUCUCGCUCAGAAAGGCAUUUGACCUUGUCACAAAACGACAUGGCAGCACUGACAGGAGGAAAGGGUUUCCCUUUUUUAUUUCAACAUAUCCGUGAUGGGAUCAACAUCAGGCAAACCUGCAACCUCAUUUUCAGCUUGUGCCGGUACAACAAUCGCCUUGCAGAGCACAUUGUGUCCAUGCUGUUCACAUCUAUAGCAAAGCUGACUCCUGAGGCAGCCAAUCCUUUUUUCAAAUUGCUCACCAUGCUCAUGGAAUUUGCUGGUGGACCUCCAGGAAUGCCACCCUUUGCUUCUUACAUCCUGCAGAGGAUAUGGGAGGUCAUUGAGUACAACCCAUCGCAGUGCCUGGAUUGGCUGGCUGUGCAAACACCUCGGAACAAACUCGCUCACAGCUGGGUCCUGCAGAACAUGGAAAACUGGGUUGAACGUUUCCUCCUGGCACACAACUACCCUCGAGUGAGAACUUCUGCAGCCUAUCUCUUGGUGUCGCUUAUUCCAAGCAAUUCCUUCCGUCAGAUGUUCCGAUCGACCCGCUCUUUGCACAUCCCCACACGGGACCUGCCCCUCAGCCCAGACACCACAGUAGUUCUGCACCAGGUCUACAACGUGCUCCUUGGCCUGCUCUCACGAGCCAAACUCUACGUUGACGCUGCUGUUCACGGCACCACCAAACUGGUGCCCUACUUCAGUUUCAUGACGUACUGUUUGAUUUCCAAAACCGAGAAACUCAUGUUCUCCACCUACUUCAUGGACUUGUGGAACCUCUUCCAGCCGAAGCUCUCAGAGCCGGCCAUUGCCACCAACCACAACAAGCAGGCCCUGCUGUCCUUCUGGUACAACGUGUGCGUGGACUGUCCCGAGAACGUGCGCCUUAUCGUGCAGAACCCCGUGGUGACCAAGAACAUUGCCUUCAAUUACAUCCUCGCGGACCACGACGACCAGGAUGUGGUGCUCUUCAACCGCGGGAUGCUGCCCGCCUACUACGGCAUCCUGCGCCUGUGCUGCGAGCAGUCCCCUGCCUUCACCAGGCAGCUGGCUUCUCACCAGAACAUCCAGUGGGCCUUCAAGAACCUCACCCCUCACGCCAGUCAGUACCCAGGAGCAGUAGAAGAGCUGUUUAACCUCAUGCAGCUGUUUGUAGCUCAGAGGCCAGACAUGAGAGAGGAAGAGAUAGAGGACAUAAAGCAAUUUAAGAAAACCACCAUAAGCUGUUACCUGCGCUGCUUGGACGGACGGUCUUGUUGGACGACUCUCAUAAGUGCCUUCAGAAUAUUAUUAGAAUCUGAUGAAGACAGACUUCUUGUUGUGUUCAAUAGAGGAUUGAUUCUGAUGACUGAGUCCUUUAACACGUUGCACAUGAUGUACCACGAGGCCACAGCUUGCCAUGUGACUGGAGACCUGGUAGAGCUUCUGUCCAUUUUCCUUUCGGUUCUUAAGUCCACACGUCCAUACCUGCAAAGAAAAGAUGUGAAGCAAGCUCUCAUUCAGUGGCAGGAGCGGAUUGAAUUUGCCCAUAAGCUCUUAACUCUGCUCAAUUCCUACAGUCCUCCCGAGCUUAGAAACGCCUGCAUUGAUGUCCUCAAGGAGCUUGUACUUUUAAGUCCUCAUGAUUUCCUACAUACUCUGGUUCCAUUUCUACAGCACAAUCAUUGUACAUACCACCACAGUAAUAUCCCAAUGUCUCUUGGACCUUAUUUUCCAUGUCGUGAAAAUUUGAAAUUAAUAGGGGGGAAAAGCAAUAUUCGUCCUCCGCGUCCCGAACUCAACAUGUGCCUCUUGCCCACCAUGGUGGAAGCCAGCAAGGUACAGUGGUCGCAAGGACACACUGGGUGCAGGCACAGCCCCAGUGGACACAGCUAUUCAGAAAGAAUCCAAUCUCCUGCACAUGGGGCCUAUGUGCACGUAGAUGGGAAUCUGUGUGGGCAACACAUUUCGAAGAAGCACGGUUACUGUAGGGGCAAAGACGAUGUUUACGACCGGAUGCUGCUGGACUAUUUCUUCUCCUACCACCAGUUCAUCCACCUCCUGUGCCGAGUUGCAAUCAACUGUGAAAAGUUUACUGAAACUUUAGUUAAAAUGAGUGUCCUGGUUGCUUAUGAAGGUUUGCCACUUCACCUUGCGCUCUUCCCCAAACUCUGGACUGAGCUUUGCCAGACUCAGUCUGCGAUGUCCAAGAACUGCGUGAAGCUCCUCUGUGAAGAUCCAGUUUUCGCAGAAUAUAUCAAAUGUAUUCUGAUGGAUGAAAGGACCUUUCUUAACAACAACAUUGUCUACACCUUUCUGACCCAUUUUCUUCUCAAGGUGCAAGGGCAGGUAUUUUCUGAAGCAAACUGUGCCAACUUAAUCAACACUCUAAUUACAAAUCUAAUAAAUCAGUAUCAAAGCCUAGAAUCUGACUUCAGCAACCAGAGAGUCGAAAUUUCCAAAGCAAGCUCUACGUUAAAUGGGGACCUCCGAGCACUUGCCUUGCUGCUUUCAGUGCACACUCCCAAACAGCUCAACUCGGCCCUGAUUCCAACUUUACAAGAGCUUUUAAACAGAUGUAGAGCUUGUCAACAACAGAGGAACUCAUUACAAGAGCAAGAAGCCAAAGAAAGAAAAACUAAAGACGAUGAAGGAGCCACUCCGGUGAAGAGGCGGCGGGUGAGCAGCGACGAGGAGCACACCGUGGACAUCGGCGACAUCAAAGCCGAGCCCCGCGAGGCGCUGACCCCCACCAGCACCUCGGACAACGAGACCAGGGACUCCUCCAUCAUCGACCCGGGCACGGAGCAGGACCCGCCCUCCCCCGAGAGCAGCUCUGUCAAGGAGUACAGGAUGGAAGUGCCCUCUUCGUUUUCCGAAGACAUCAUGUUGGCCGCGCGCUCGCAGCACACGGAGGAGCAGCCGGGGAACGGGAAAUUUGAAGAGUGCAAGGAGUUCAAAGACCUGCAGACUUCCAAGGAUUCCAUGGGAGCCGAGGAGGACUCGGAGUUUCCUUCCACAUCGAUUUCAGCGGUUUUAUCCGACCUCGCAGACUUGCGCAGCUGCGAUGGCCAAGCCUUACCAUCCCAGGACCCCGAAACUAAUUUAUCAAUCAGUUGUGGCCAUUCCAGAGGACUUUUUAGUCACAUGCAGCAGCAUGACAUUUUAGACAUCCUGUGCAGGACCAUUGAGUCUACGAUUCACGUGGUCACACGGAUAUCCGGGAAAGGAAACCAAGCUGCUUCUUGACAUUAGAUGGAGCAUGUCUGCUUUUAAGUCUUUUUUUUUUUUUUUUUUAAAAAAUCCUUCUUCCCCCCAAAAAUGCUGUUUGUAUAAGUUUUGCUUAUUUCUGUUUUGUGCUUCAGUUUGUCCAGUGCUCUCUGCUUGAAUGGCAAGAUAGAUUUAUAUGCUUAAUUCUUGGUCAGGCAGAACUCAAGAUUUUUUUUUUUUUUUAAUUUUAUUUUAUUUUGCAUCUACCGUACACUUUCUUAAAGGGCAAUCAGAUAAUGGCUAUGUUUUAUGUAAUUAAGAGUUCACUGUAGUGGCUUUCAUUUAAUAUGGCUGUCUGGGAGACAGGGCCUCCUGGCCCUGUAUGAUGUAAUUUAAACUUAUGGCAUUUUUACUGUGUAUAAUAUGGUGUCCUCUGUGCCAGUUUUGUACCUUAUAAUCGAGGCAGAUUGCCUCAGAUCGCUGUGGUUCUUAUUAUCAAAAUUAAGUUUACUUGUAUACUAAACAACCACAAGAAAUUUGAUUCUGUAAAGAAUCCUCUUUAGCUGUGGCCUGGCAGUAUAUAUAUGGUGCUUUAUUUAACAGAAUACCUGUGGAGGAAAUAAAGCACACUUGAUGUAAAAUUAAUUGUUUUAUUUUUAUUGACAUGAUCAAUUGCUAUUCUGUGCACUUCAUUAAACUGAUUGUGAUGACUUUUCAUUUGUUUAUAGUAUGUUGCUUCAGUCUUUGGCUUUCUCAGCAAGGAACUUCGUAAGUGAAACAGCAGCAGGGAGAAAUGAUGGUCUGAGGUUCAGAUUUGAUGUAAAUUCUGGUGCUUGUUUACUGUCCAUGAAUGUCCAGCCACACAGUGGAGAGGGGGCUGGUGGUUGGUGUUGGAACAUGAAGUGCUGUCAAAAGCCAGUGCAACUUGGCAUCUCUUUUCCCUUAUUUUAACAUCUCUUACGUCACUUUUCUGCACCAGUUGCAGCUUCCUUUCUUUUUCCCCUCUGCUCUAUCUGGCUCCAUUUCCUCACUUUUUGACAGCUUCUGCACCCCUGGAAUGACUUUACCAUCUCUCCCAUCAUAUUUGCUCCUGUUAUUUCUGAGUAAUACCAGUUUCCUAUGUGACUCUUUGGACUGUCAAUGCUACUGGUUUUAAUAUCUGAUUAAACUCCAUUUUCAGCUUCA